ACUGCAUAUCUUCAGAAGAAAACACAGCUUUUUCAAGAAAAACAAUUCCUAAGGAUACACUAAAGAAAUGGACAGCGGAAGAAAGAAGGUGACAUUUAAUUGGCUCCAUACGGCCAUAUCUUCACCCACAAACCCUCAAGCAAAUAAUGCUGGACCAAGCACACCCUCUCAAAGGAACACACCAGAAACUGAUCCUACAAGUACUUCGCCUGCCAAUUACUCUCCAGGAUCUGAGGUCUUUGGAGCUUUGAGUCUGGACACCCCCAAGAGAAAAGCAGAGGAUCUGUUUGGAAAUGUGAACUCUUUGGGCAAAGUCAAGCUGAGGAAGCUCUCCAGGGAAAAUUCAAAAAUUUUCAGAAAUUUAAAGGACAGUACCAUGAAAAGAUCACCUGAGCAGCAAGAAACCCCAAAACCUCAGGAAGCCUCUCACUCUUUCAUCUUGAAAAAGAAAGAGAGGACGCCUGAAGAGGGAUUGAAGGCUAUUUGCAGGAUGGCACUGAUUGCAGCCUUUGGAAACACCACAGCUAAGCACCGCCCUACUAAAACCCACAAGACUUUGCCUUUGCCACUUGCAUCUUCCCCUGGUGAGGCUCAAGAGUCCAGUCCAGAUUCCCUUGACAGAAAGAUUGUGGAUACUUAUAGUUCUUUGAGGAGUUCUGAGGAGUAUAAGGAUGUCAGCUCUAUUCCUGGGGAGAAUCGGAGCUCUCCCCAUCAGGUAUUGGUUGAGAUAAAUUCCCAAGAUAAAGAUUGUGAACCAAAAGCAAAUAGAAGGGAUCCUGUGUGUGGAGAGACCUCCAGAAGUGCUUUAUUUGCCCCAGAAAAUGAGCUGGAAGUUAAAGAAUGUGACUCUUCCAUACCUUCACUGCAGUAUACUCCAGAUUCUUUGUUUUCCCCCAUGACUCAUCAGAACAACCCACACCAACAGUCUGACUUUGUGAACUCUCAGGGUGCUUCAGCCUCCUCUGUCCCCCUGAUAUACUCCCCGGAGGCCACCGGGGUCAAUCAGACUGCUACUGAGGACACAGAGACAAUCUUUUCAACCUCGCCAAGAUCAGUUUUUUUCUCAUGUAAGCAGACCCACCUUCAGAGCACGGGGUCUUCAAAUUUAUUUAGAGCCGGGUCUCAGACGUCUUCCUCAUCAUUCAAUGCCAAUUUAUUGGAUCCUUUUGCUCUGCCACUGCACUCAAACAGCUCCUCGAACUCUUCGGCGCGACGAAGGCGGAGCGAUGGUGAAUCUCUGAAAGGUUCCCACUCCCACCUCUCACCCAGCAGUGUAAUUCCUACGAGACGACUGUCCUUGGGCGCCAAACCUUUGUGGACUGGUCACUCCUACUGCGACAGUCAGGCUGGUUUCAUUGACACGCACUGCCACCUAGACAUGCUGUAUGGUAAACUGGGCUACAGCGGAACAUUCAGCAGUUUUCGGAAACAUUACAAGAGCAGCUUUACCCCAGAGUUUCAGGGCUGCAUCACAGACUUCUGCAACCCAGGCAUCAUGAUGAAGGAGGCCCUGUGGGAAGGUUUGCUGGCUGAAGACAUGGUAUGGGGGGCAUUUGGGUGUCACCCCCAUUUUGCCAAAAACUACUCAAAAGUUCAAGAGAACAACAUACUUAUGGCGAUGAGGCAUCCAAAAGCCGUGGCGUUCGGUGAGAUGGGGCUGGACUACUCCCACAAAAACUCAACCAACACCCCGUUGCAAAAAAAGGUGUUUGAGCGUCAGCUGCAGUUGGCCGUGGCCAUGCAGAAGCCCCUGGUGAUCCACUGCAGAGACGCAGAUGACGACUUGCUGGAAAUCAUGAAGAGGUGUGUUCCCAGAGAACACAAAAUUCACAGGCACUGUUUCACAAACAGCUAUCCAGUCAUUGAGCCCUUCCUCACAGAAUUCCCCAACUUGUAUGUGGGUUUCACAGCUCUGAUCACCUACAGCAGCGCCACCGAGGCACGAAAUGCUGUCCGCCAGAUCCCUCUCGACCGCAUCGUGUUGGAGACUGAUGCGCCCUAUUUUGUGCCACGACAGGUCGGCAAAAAUGUCUGCCGCUUUUCACACCCCGGAAUGGGCAUCCAUACUCUGCAGGAGCUGUGCUGGCUAAAGGGGGAGGACAUGGCUACGGUGCUCAACACCAUCCGCAAAAACACCACCCAGCUGUACGGCAUAUGAUGUUGGCAGAUGAAGUGGAAACACUGGCAUGGCAAAAUUGAAAUAGAUUGUGUUUUUUGUGUCAGCAGCUUUUUGGUCUAAAUAUUUAAUCCUGCAAAAACGUUGUGAAAGGAAGAAAGAGCAGUCUCAUUUUAAGCAAACUGAAAGACUCCCGAGUUGAUGUUGUAGAAUUGUUUAACAAUCCAUUUGGCUUUGAAAUGAUUGUUCAUGCAGGUUAAUUCAAAAGCAGCGUUUGGGUUUGAUUCGGCUUUGCUGUGAAGCUAUAAAUAUUUUUUUUGUUUGUUUUGGUGUUUUUCUUGUCCACCUUACCUGCAGCCUAGUUUGGUUCGAUGCAGUGGGGAUGUAUUAAAAGUUAUAAACCCUUCCUGUUUAUUCAUCAGGAUCUGCUUUGUUGGAUUACUCAUAAAUGUGUGACUACGUGCUGCUGGGGGGAGCAGCUACAAAGGCAAAUGGAUCUUAGCAGGUGUCUUUAUUGCAGAUAGCGGCCUUUAGAUACCGCCUUUCUCGGCUCACGUAUUCGGCGUGAGUGCUUUUUAUUUAGGGAGUGAUUUGAUUUGUGGUAUUUCCCGGUGCUUAAAGCUUGUCGUGGUCAGAGUGUUUUAUUAAUGGUAAAUGGGUUGAUGUGUCUCCUGUCCAUCUGAUUCAGCGAAUUAAAUGUCAAGCUACAUGUUUUCCAUUUUGUCAGGUUUUGAUAAAACCUUGCUUUUGGUCCCUUAAAGAAUGUAGGUCAGAGUACUCUAUGUUCCAGUGUUCAUCAGAGAGGUGUGCACUCAUACUGUGUGACCUAGUUCCAGAGAUUUGGAUGAGUUGUUAUGCAGCCAUGCCUGUUAGGAAGUUUGUUUCUGUUGAACAGACGAACAUUUAGGUAUUCAUUUGUAGUUUUAUUGGUAGCGAAGCAGUUUAACCUUCAUUUCAGCACCUCGGAUAUGAAAUGCAUUCAGAAGUUAAAUGUAAUUUUAUUUUUCCUUCAAACGCACUUCACACAAACAUAAGAAGGCUAAUUACAUUCAAGAGAUGAGGCAUAAUUUUCAGGUGCAUCUGAAUCUGUAAAAUCCAGGACGUUCUUUUCUGGUUUAAAUUAGCCCCCCCCCCUUUUUUGUGUAAAUGGGCCAAAUGUAUAUCAGAUUACUGUUAUUUUACAUUAGGCUUUCCCCUACUGAGUCAGCAAUGAUGAGAAUAAACUUUAAGGAUUAGACGUGUAUUUCCCAUGGGUGCACACAUCAGAGUAAGGACAAGGAUUCUGACCAACUGACAGGAUAUUUUGACCUCAAAUGACUUUAGUUGUAAAUAGUGGAAAUAAAUAAAAAUGUGUCUGGGUCUAGGGCCUUGGAUCAUGUCCAAAUUAUCCUCCUUUUCUCAUUCCUAAUUAGUUUCAAAUUAAUUAAAAAUGGCCAUG